AUGACGCUGGACAACGGCAUAAGGGAAUAUAAGUAUACGCAAGAGAUAUCACAAAUGAUGUUCGUGUUUGGGGAGGUACAAGACCCAAAUAUCGACACCGUCAAUCUGGUGGAGGAUAUCGUCCGUGGUCAGAUCAUAGAACUUGUUGUGCAAGCUCGCGCUUUGGCUGUCCGUCGUGGUGCCCGUUACCUUACCGCAGAGGACCUUAUCUUCCUUAUAAGACACGACCGUGCAAAGGUCAAUCGGCUUAGAACGUAUCUAUCAUGGAAAGAUGUUCGCAAACACGCGAAAGACUCUGGUGGUGACGCUGGUGGCGGGGUGGAAGUCGAAGUAUUGGAGGAUGGGGCAGACGACAAGCUCACCGCCAAAGCGCAAAAGAUCACCAUCAAGUUACCGUGGGAGCUUGCUACCAUGUAUUCGGAGGUACUACCGGAAGACGAUGAAGAGGAUGAGGACGACAUCGAAGCACACGAAGCCUCCAUUCAGCGUUUGAAGGAAGCGGAUGAUGCCACCAAGCAGAUGACCAGAGAGGAAUAUCAACACUACUCGGACUGUCGACAAGCUUCUUUCACAUAUCGCAAAGCGAAACGAUUUCGGGAGUUUCUCAAUUUGCCGCCCCACCUUGAUCUGAAAGCCGGUGAUGAUACAAUCGAUAUCGUUGGCUUCCUCGCUUUCGAAAUGGUCCGCUCUCUAACAAUAGCUGGGCUAGAGGUCAAGAAGUCCCUCGAAGAGUCGUAUCUGCGUGAAAAUCACGCGCCGACACCAGUAUUAGGGAAGCGAAAGCUUGCAUCAGGCGCGAUCGAGUCCGCCAGCAAGCGUCGGAGGGAUGACGAUGACGAUGCUGAAUACACACUUCCAUCGUGCUCCUUAUUCUUACCUCCUCCGGAAGCACGCACGCCUCUACAGCCAGAACAUAUUCAGGAUGCAUUCGCUCGUAUGCAGAACGACUGGGCACAUCAUCGCUCUGCAGGUAUGACGAACUGGCGAGGGGGUCUCAUACGGACUAGAGUCAGUCUUAUCUAA